CUGAUCCACUACUGUAGAGAUGAGGCCAGAGAUGCCAUUGAAAGCUGUGCAAUCCUAGACCCUAGCGAGGGGUAUUCGGAGGCUCUUAAGAUCCUCAAACGCCGGUUAGGGCAACCUCACUUAAUCGCUAGGGCUCACAUAGAUAAUUUGAUCGAUGGUCCGGUUUUAAGAUCUAUGGAUCCAACUGUCUUGAUGAAACUUGCCAGCGAUAUGCGAAACUGUAAAAAUACGUUGCAGCAGUUGGAUUACGUAGCCGACUUAAACUCAUCUAGGACGCUGGCCGCCAGCAUCAGACGACUCCCUCCACAGUUACAAUUCAAAUGGUCAGAGCUCGCGUCAUCAACUCUGCGUCGUGGUAGAGAACCAACGUUCUCUGAUCUAACUGAUUUCGUAGACGAGAGGGCCGACGCAUCGAUGGUGCACCAGUCAUACUCUUCUAGUCCCGUUUCCCCUUACAAUCGUCCCCAGGGCGACCGAGCACCGCCUAACCACGAGGCAAUUAACUGUAGGUCACGUAAGACAUGUGGUGUCGCGCGAUGUUCCAUGCGCCACCACCCACUUCUGCAUCGACAAGAAGUGAAGACUGAUAGGGUUCCGAUGAAGGCGGACACAGAGCCUAGCACCGAUUCAGCCCACUGCCAUUCAACAUACAGAUCUGAGCAAGCCGUGGCCUUAGGAGUUUUACCUGUCAAAGCGUUUGGACCUCGCGGGUCAGUGACCACGUAUGCAUUCCUGGAUACCGGAUCUGACACUACGCUCAUAGAUGAAAAACUAUUAAAUCAAUCAGGCCUUUGUGGCUAUCGAGCAGCGCUGUCCGUAUCCACCGUCGUCCAGACAGCCGAAGUUAAGUCGGAAGUGGUAGAAUUCCAGUUAGGCGCCCAUCUUCCCAACCUGAAGCGUUUCCUCUUAGGUAAAGAUGAAGCCAUUCGUUGGGAACAUUUAAGUGACGUCGAACUUCCCUUUGUCGACGGAGCGAAAGUAUCACUUCUAAUCGGGAUGAACGUACCUGCUGCUCACUGGGUAUUUGAAUAUCGAUACCGUGGACAGGAAGACCCCUAUGCAGUUCGAACUUCCCUCGGGUGGGUACUCAUGGGACCAAUAUCCCGCCAAGGUCGGUCCGAUAGCGCAAAUGUCGACUUUCUGAGCGAGAAGGACGCCAUCAUGGAAAAACUAGAGCACAUGUGGGACUUAGACUUCGCCGAACUCAAAACCCUGGAG